AUGAAUAUGUUGGAUGAUGAAGAUGACCAAAGCUUUCACGCUACGCGUGACGGCUACUCCCAUUUGAGCGAUGUCGAAUGGGAUGCGGUUGAACGAAUGGGUUCAACCAUGGGCGUCCAUGCUAUUAGCGUCAUGCUAGAGGCUCUCAAUAGAGAUGCCCAACAUGCUACUAUCGCCAAGUUCAUUCAAAAUGAACUUGACGCUGAACGCGAGAAAGUAGCCUUGCUUCACCAACAAGGUUCUCAACAAGCAGAGUUGUUGAGAGAACAGGGUGCUCAACAGUUUGAACUGUUGAGACAGCAUCAGGCUGCUGCUGGCGGGUCGAUGCACUCGCGUCGACCCGAGACUUUGAAGAUUGACAUCUCCAAGUAUAGGGGAGUCGAAGAAGACUCCCUCUUGAGAUGGUUCGUCGAAUUGGAUGACGCCAUAAGGGCGCGUCGCAUCGACGACGGGGAUAUGCAAGUUGCAUUUGCCCAGUCAAAUCUGGCAGGACGUGCCAAGACUUGGGCUUUGGGGCUCAAGUUGCACGACCCAUAUGCGUUUGGGUCGUUGGAAGUCUUCAAGUCGCGGCUCAGACAAACGUUUGAACCGCCUAGAGCUGAGUUCAGAGCUCGAACCGAACUCUUGAAGCUCAAACAGGGUAAGCGUGAUGUGCACGCUUACGCUCAACAUAUACGACAUCUCACGAGUUGUAUAAGUUCCAAUCCGGUGGAUGAACACACGUUGGUUUCGGUGUUCAUGCAGGGUCUUGCGGAUGGUCCCGUCAAGACUCACCUGUUCUGGCUUGAACUAGAUUCACUAGAACAAGCCAUUUCCAUUGCGGAACAGGAAAGACUUCAGUCUGAGACAUGCUCGCGCCAGCUCGACAUCAUAUCGUCAACCGAGACGAUGUGA